CUGCUGUCGUUUGUUUGGGUUCGGCCGGCCGGUCGGUGAGGGUGCUUCUUUUGUGAUUCAUGGAUUCAUUCUUUGUUGUGGUUCGGCAGCGCUCGCUAGUAGACAUGUCACGCCACCCAGCUCGGCAGUAAACCAUAAUCGCAGUUCGUUUUUAAUUUAAUUUUGUUCUUUUAAUUUAAAUUCAAAUUAAGAGUGUUUCAUUCAUCGAUUUGCUUUUUAUUUGUGAAUUGUGCCUUUAUACAGUGAAGCUCGAGGAAUAGUUCGCUUUCUUUGUAUUAAAGUAAUCCCGAAAAGGUUGAGGAUUUUAAAAUGAAGCUCUCUCUAAAUACAAUGUUGGGUAAUAAACCCGAUAAAUGUAAACUGUGUAUGCUUCGGAAUGUAAAAACGGAUCAUUUCGAAACCGAGCAACAUAAGCAGAAUACUUGCCUGAAGGAAUAUACAACAAACAAGUCACAGUUUAUUACAAACCGUAAAAAAGUAGCUUCAAUCUGUUGCGAAGUCACCUCAUCAGCUGCCUCUACCAACAGUAGGCAAGGAAAGAUCAAGAUUUCGGCGAAACCAGAUGAGACAGUUGAAUUUAAAUUUACUCUCACUAAUGACAGUAAAACAAAUUGUCUGGAAGUGAUUGGAAUAGACUUGGUACAUUCACAAUUCAAUUUUGUGAUACCCAACAACCCUUACAAGCCAGGCUCUCAACCUCAUAUCAUGGCACCGAGAACCAAGCUGCCUGAUAAGAUCGUGGUCAGUUUCAAAUCCCCACACAUUGGACAGUAUGAAACUCCAAUCCUUUUCAACUUGAAGCAGAAAGACGCUAACGACGAGACCAUUCUUUUAUUGAGAGAAAUGGUGGUGUACGUGGAGGAGACUGUGUCGCUCCAUGACAAGAUUAUAAGCCCUUAUGAAAGAAAACCAGUAUGGGCAAAAGAAUUAUUCAGGUCUCCUCAGAAAGAGGACUCCGAUGAAAUGUUCCCGAUACCAAAGAGUUGCAAGACGAUCUAUGCGAAUAAUUUGCAAGUUGGUCAGAAAUCAUCUGAGGCUGACAAAGAUUUGGCGGCUGACAUCAGGCGCACACUCGAAGUGGGUAUUACCAUGGACAACUAUGUGAAGUUCUUCCACAACUUGCUCUGGUAUGAGGAGACUAUCAUCAGAGUUAAUAUCAAGAACUAUAAUAUGUCUGGAGUCACCAUGAAAAUCCAGCCAACCCCGAACUACGGUAUUACCUAUGCUCUUACUGUGCCGGGGCUUAGCGAAAAGAGACCUUCUCUAAUGAUCGGUGACUUGCUAUUCGUGAGGCCGCAUAACCAAAACGACGUGAUGUUUGAAGCUAUCGUUAAAGAGGUCACCGAGAAUGUUGCGCUGAUUGGAGGCCUACAUACCAACUUCACCAACCGCUAUUCGCUGACUGCCCAAUACGACAUCCGAUUCUUCCUGUCUCGGAUCUCCCUGGAGAGGAUGCACAAAGCUAUUCACGAAAUAAGAAACAACGGCCAUUACCCCAGGGUUUUCCCGAAGAAGAACCCACGCGAAGUAGAAGUUAAACCCAUCUUGAACUACUUCAACCCGCUGGUAGAAGGUAACGUGGAGCAGCGCUGUGCGGUGGAGCGUAUAGUGGCGCGCACGUCGGGCACCGCGCCCUUCUUGCUGCACGGCCCGCCCGGCACUGGCAAGACUAUCACCAUCGUCGAAGCUGUGUUGCAGUUGGCAAUACAAGAGAAUAAGAAAAACCGCAUACUGAUAUGCACCGACUCCAACAUGGCGGCGGACCACGUGGCGAGCAUGCUGAUCAAGUACAAACACAUGUUCCCCAAGGGCAAGUGGCUACUUCGAGCUAACUCCAAGUUCAGAAACUGGGAGACAUUGCCGGAGUGCUUGUACAAAUACUCCAACGGGAUAAAUCGUAACAACUUCGUGAACAUCAGCAUAGAAGACUUUACGAAGUUCAGUAUUGUCAUCACCACGCUGUCCCAUGCAGCCAAAUUCGGAAGACUGAUGGCCCGUCGUCACAUGGGCUUUCACGUCAGCCACCUAUUCAUUGACGAGGCGGCCCAGGCCAGUGAGCCAGCGUGCCUGAUCCCAGUCUGUGCCCUACUGAAACAAACCGGCACCCUCGUCCUGGCUGGAGAUCCCCACCAACUCGGUCCCGUCGUCAUAUCGCGGCACGCUGCGGAAAUUGGACUCGGAACAUCUCUGAUGGAGCGUCUGAUGAAGACUGAGGUGUACACGGAUAGCCAGAACAAUAACAACUACAUUGUAAUGUUGCGGGACAAUUUCCGAUCACACCCCGACAUUUUGGAGAUUCCCGACAAACUCUUCUAUAAGGGAAAACUUCGGGCAUGUUCCGAGGAAGAUCCCUUGAGUGCUCUUGAUAUCCUGGGCGACAAGAGGAACAGUCGCGCCAUCGUGUUCCACGGAGUACUGUCCAAGGAGGAGAAGAUUGGCAAGUCACCAAGCUACUUCAACAUGAUGGAAUGUGAGAUGGUACAGCAUUACGUCAAGCGCCUGGUGCAGGUACAUAAUGUACCUCCCCAUGACAUCGGCGUCGUCACUCCGUAUGUUCGUCAGGUGUACCAAAUAAGGAAAUCACUGAACGAUUGUGGCAUCAAGAGGAUAGAGGUUGGUACCGUGGAAGCGUACCAAGGGCAGGAGAAGCGAGUGGUCAUUAUAUCCACCGUCAGAGCAAACUGCAACUUGUUGGACUACGACGCCAAGUUCCAGCUCGGCUUCCUUGUCGAUGAUAAGCGUUUCAACGUAGCCAUAACCCGCGCUAAAGCCAAGGUGAUCAUCAUAGGAAACCCGCUGUGUUUGGAGAAAGACAUCAAAUGGCGGAUGUACAUGGAUCGCUGCCGUGAACUAGGCACGUACCACGGCUUCGACUCCACCAUCGUGUCCAGUGACCGUGGACAGCAAAUCGUUGACAAACUAACUCCUCUGCUAAAUGGCAUUAAGAUUACCGUCAAAAAUCCAAAGAAGUAAAAUGUUUAAUUGAGCUCUUCUAGUGCUGGGCUAAGUAAGGUGUGGUACCUAAUUUCUAAAGUUAAGUUGUUAUUUUUUUUAAAUGUAUGAAUUUCUUUAUGAAAUAUCUGUUUAUGUCAUUAUUUUUUUUACGUUGAUAUGUCUGCGUUUGGCUACCAAUCCGCUUACUGCCAGAACGGCGAAGCGAAGAUGUGGCUGAGGAUGGAGCACAAUUAUGUAAAGUAACGCACAAAUUGAAGAAUUUUAAUAAUUUUUUAUCAUUAUUUGAAUAGAUUGGUAUAUAUAAGGUUAACUUUUAAUUUUUUUUAUACCACGACGGUGGCCAGGAAGCAUACGGUCCACCUAAUGGUAAGUGGUUACCGUGGCCCAUGUACGCUUGCAACACUUGGGGCAUUACAUGCGCCAUUUGCCAUUACAAAAAGCAGAUGCUACUUCAAAUAACUGCAUCUUUGUCUACUCCUUAAAAACAUGGAAUAGAUGAACAAUACAAUUUUCUGCAGGACCCACUUAUACUUGGUCAAGCACUAGACUACUCUCCAUUCAUAAAUGGAGUUGUUCAAAUUUGGAGAGACUUGUAAAUGUUCAACACAUUUAUUUUAAGGAAAUUCCUUGACAAAUAAUCACCAGCCCGCCUAUCAAUCGUGGUGAUUUAAGUUUUAAUGUAAUGUUUGACGGAUGAGAGCUUUUAUACUAUUAAAAAAUAAUGAAUGAAGUAGUUUUCUACACCGUAUUAUAUCGAGAUAUUAUACACACAUAGUUAAAGACUUUUGAUACAAUUGAGACGCGUGGUGACAUUCCACUUAUUAUUAAGUAUUUUUGAGAUAAUUUGUUGUCUAUUACAAUUUCUCUAUCUAUUUGUUUUGACAUCCGCUGCAGCCGAAUUAUACACCUUUAUAUUCCAAAAUUAUUAAAAAUAUGUGUGCGUAUUUUUGUAAUAACUAUCGUGAGACAUAUUAAAUUGAUUAAAAAUAACGUUAUAUUGAGAAAAACUCUAUUAGUUCCGAGUCACUGAGGGCAUGAGCGGACGCGGCACCGAGCUUUUCUUAGUAUAUUUACUUGAGUAAACCGUUAUUUUUUGUUAAUUUAUAUGUGAUUAAAUUGUGACUAUGGGUUGCGAUCCCAUACUAAAAGGUUAAGACAACGUGUGUAACAAAAUUGUUAUGUGUAUUGAAGUUACAAUGAAUUUGAUCUCAUUGAAAAAAUGCCAUUUGUUUGUUAUUUGAUAGAAAAUUAUGUGAAUAAGGUUAAUAUAAUGAAAGGGAAGCUUCUGUUUGGACGUCUUAUAGACGUAUUUGUUACAGUAUGAAUGGUGCCUUGGAUUAUACGUAAAUCAUUUAACGUAUUCGUAAAGCUUAGGAUAGUAUAACGUGAUAUAUGGAGAACUUCCCUUGAAAAGAAAAUUAACUGUGAUUGGCUUAAAGUUAUAUGGAAAAAGUGUGCCAAAAAUUUAAAUAAAAGUUCAUAGAACUAUGGUUCUUCGGUAAAAUGUAGACUGGUAGUCAAAAUAAGGGUUUUCUAAUAUCGUUAAGGUGCAAAAUAGGAUGCAGCGGAUGUGUAAUCUUAUUUACGUGACGUCUAAUAAAUGUGAUAUUUUUAUACAACUCCUUGCUUUAUACUUGGACCACUUAUUAUUACAAUAUUGUAACACAUUUCGCCAGUAAGUUUUUCCGCCAACCACGUAGGUUAAAAUGACUUUAAUCAAGUCAAUUAGGAUAUAAGAAUCAUCAAUUAUAUCUAAAUAAUGAAAAUCUUUUUAAUAGACCUGUUUAAUAAUUAUUUUGUAGUAUUUGAGUUUAAUAGACGUGACGUUAGAAAUUAUUUAUUAAACAUUCUGUUAAAAAGAUUUUGGGGUCAAUAUUAUUAUUGACUUCACAAGUACAGCAGUAAUAAGGUUUUUAGAAAUUUCAGAUUUGACUUGUACGUUAUUAGAAUUAUAUUGAUAAUCCCUAUAGUUCAUUCCCUAUAUUGUUUAUUUUCAUAUGAAUUAUGAAUUACUUAUAUUUUUAUAAAUCGAUAUUUUACUAAACAAUGGAUUAUUUUCAUGAAAUCAUUGACAAGUAGGUAUUUUUUAUAUUUUUUUUCUACCUAUUUGUUGUCAUUAGUACAUUAGAUUAUAAGUACAUAAUAUUUAGUUUAUACAUAAGUUUAUGUGUUAGAAAAUUAAGCACAUGCUGCGUUUUGCAUACACGCAUAUUAGUAGUAGUUUUGAUUACAAGAUUAAAGAAUCUACACCAAAGAUUCUACCUACAUAUUGUGUGAAUGUCAUAGAUUUUAAAGUACCUAUGGAGUGAUUUAUUACUGUAUAAGUUUUUGGUACAUAUUUUAUUUGCUGAAAUCGAUUAUUUGCUGAUUUUGAACCAUGUAUUAGAUUAUAAGAAAGUUUAUAGAGUGUAACAUGCCACUAAAAAUAAAUGUGAACAUACAUAUUGAUAUUUUGUCGUUCUAUUGAUGACUACAGGGACAAAAUCGACAUCGUACUUGUAAGAAAGCCAAGAUUUUUCCAUAAUGUUCUCCUUACAAAGUUGUAUAAGUUAGUUGUUGGCAUUGUUUAUUUUAAAUAUUUGAUACUUGUAAAUUAAUUUUAACAAAUUAUUUUUUUUGUGCCAUAAUUAUAUUUGGAAUAAGAAUUUUGUUAUGAAAAAAUUAAAGUCCAUUAUAUUUUAGUAUAAUCAUUUAAAAAUGUAUGGAGAUUAAAGAAAGAGAAAAUAUCUUGGUGCUAAAUGUAUAAGACUUUGAAUAAAUGUCUAUACACAAAUCAAUAGAAAAUAUACACGCAUUAAAAAUAA